CGCGAGGAAGAUGGCCGCGCUGACGGCGGAGAACUUUGUAGCGCUCCAGAGCCUGCUGAAGGUUUUUUGUAGAUGCUCUUUAUCAAGUUGAGGAAGUUCCCCACUAUUCCUGUUUUUAUGAGAGUUUUCAUCAAGAAUGGAUGUUGAAUUUUGUCUGCUGCUUUUUAUGCAUUGAUUGACAUCAUGUGAUUUUCUUCUUGAGCCUAUUAAUAUGGUGGAUUACAUAGAUUUUUCAAAUAUUGAACCGGUCUGGCAUCCCUGGAAUAAACCCCACGGAGUGAUAGCCUCUUCGAAAGAUGUUGUCAGACAGCUGUGCCAAGAGAGCUUUUCCAGUUCAGCCCUUGGCUCGAAAAAACUCUUGGAUAUUACGUGUUCCAGCUUGUCUGUGACCCAGGAGGAGGCCGAGCAGCUGCUCCAGGCUCUGCACCGCCUCACCAGGCUGGCGGCCUUCCACGACCUGUCCUCGGCCGAGGCGAUUCUGGCUCUCUUUCCUGAGAAUUUCCACCAAAACCUCAAAAACCUGCUGACGAAAAUCAUCCUGGAACACGUAUCUCCUUGGAGAAGUGAGGCCCAAGCAAAUCAGAUCUCUCUGCCACGCCUGGUCGACCUGGACUGGAGAAUGGAUGUCAAAACCGCUUCAGACAGCAUCAGCCGCAUGGCCGUGCCCACCUGCCUGCUCCAGAUGAAGAUCCAGGAAGAUCCCAGUGUGUGUGGAGACGGGCCCUCUGUCUCAGCAGUCACCAUGGAGCUGAGUAAGGAAACGCUGGACACCAUGUUAGAUGGGCUGGGCCGCAUCCGAGACCAGCUCUCUGCCGUGGCCAACAAAUGACAGCCAGCUGCUGGCCCAGCCCAGGCCCCUGCUCGGCCUCGAGGAAGCACUCAGGGCCGCAGCUGCCCUGGGAGCAGGCAGGGCAGUGGGGACAGAGGCAGGCUGCCAUCAGGAAGGCACAGCUGGAUCAGAAGGGAGCAGCCGUGCCCAUGCCAUUCUCCCACUGCUUCUCUUUCUCUUUCUGAGGCUGCUGAGCAGAAGCCUCCGUCUCUGACCGGCUCCUGUGUGCGACUCUGCCCGCGGGGCAGCCGAGGGGACAUUUGCUUCUUCAGCCGCCUCUGUGUGGCUGAUGGAAAGUUCAGGCCCGAACUGUGGAGCUGGUCUAAUAAGUUCCCUUCCAGCGGUGGCUCUGAUGGGGCCAUUUCCACGCCUGGGACACAGCCGGGAGUCAGGUGGGUGACACCAGCAGUUCCCGCCUCUCUGCCAGAGGAGCCAGGCAGACCCCACAGAGCAGGGCCAUCACAAUGUGGCCCCCUGCUGAAGUCUGGUGCCUUCCCGAGCUCCCUGGGCCCGCUGGACCACCUUCCAGCGUCGGGGUCUGACGUGGGUGCUGAGGCCCCUCGUGAAGCCAGCGGCCCCUUCCGUGAUUGACGGCAGCCGCUCCGGGGUGAGGAAGUGGGAGGGAUUGGAAAUAAAUAGCAGUUCCACAAGGUCGUGAUUCUGCUCAGGGCUCUGGUAGCUUCUGUCCUCAGCCUGAGGUGCUGCCGCUUGUUCGUAAAGGUGACCCCAGCUCCCUAACUCGCAGCUAAGCCUGUGAGCAAGGUGUGACCUGACACCGGGCAUCGACUCUCACUGCUUUCCGAGUGUCUGUCACCUAGAGCGAAAGAAAGCAAGGUGGACAGUCGGGGUGUGCCUGUUACAAGAGCUGUGAUGGAAGCACACCUCAGGGUUUAACCCGACGAGGUCAUCUCUGUCACGUGCCUGGCGCGUUGUCGGGACUCAGUGUGUCGGGGUCUCCCCGUCCAGGUCACUCUGUUUGGGCGGCUUCCCGGGUGGUGUGUGCAGAGGGCUGGGGGCGGGCGCCCCUGCUCCAUGGGAAGGCGCUUGGCCUCUCGGCCUUGGUUCCCCCCAGUUUUUUUAAUUAAAUGGGGUGGUAACAGUAUCUGCUCUGUGGGGCUUUUGUGAAGAUGAAAGGACAUAGCGUCUCUAAGAGCACUUAGCACUGUGAGGGCACACAGGAAGGGCCCGGUGACGUUAGCUCCGAGCGCCAAUGGCAGCAAUGCAGAGAGCUCUGUGCAUCUACUGCUCGUCCACCAUCAGAGGGUUGGUGCGACAGUGACUGUUAUCCUCCCUUUGUCCUUGAAGAAAUCAGCUCUUUGAGGUCAAGUCACCUGCUGGGAAGUGGCCUCAUUAGGACUUUGGCCCAGAUUUCUAGCUUUCUCUCUAACACACAGGACUCUGCAAGGGACACGGAGCCUGUGACUUUAGCUCCAUUUGGAAAACCCUGGAACCGAAGUAGAGAUGAGAAAAUUUACUCCUGAGACACUAGGAAAGUGCUCCUCUCUAUCUGCUCUCACAGAAGCUGAGCUGCCUUCUGCAAGAUGGCGGUUCUGAAUCCUUCGGGGCUGUAGGCACUGGGAAUCUGCUGGAAGCUGUGCAUCCUUCCUGUGGGAAGUGAGCGUUCCGCUUUUUACCUUCAGUGACAAGUUCGUGGACCCUGGAAGCCAGCCCGCUUCUUCCAGGUCGAGAGCCCCUGCUCCCCGCCUCAGGUUGUGUUCAGCCUUGUCGUGAGUUCGUCCCCUGUCUGCUCUCCUCCCUCUCGCUGGGACCGCAGACCAAGAUGUCCAGUCCCUGUCCUCUGGGCCUCCGUAAGAGUGACUGGAAGCAGGGAGCCCCGCAUGGGGCUCUGCACAGUCAGAGCUCCUCCAGCCGGCUCCCCUGAGCAGGACCUCUGCGGGCAUGGCUUACAGAGGGUGUUCCAUAACUACGGGGAAGUUCAGUAAACGUCUGCUGCCCUCCCCUC